AUGGUGACUACAAGAGGCAUGGAGAAUCCAGACCCAAUCCAGAUGAUAAGAGACCUGCAGGCGCAGUUGGAAGAGCAAGCCCGAACCAUUGCAACCUUGCAGCAGGAAUUACAACAGAAAAAGACUGAUGACGCCGAACGUAGCAAAGAAAAACAACACGACCGAGAGGCAUCUGAAGACAGUCAGAAUCACAAUCCGCCUCCUCCCCCUCGGUCCCCAAACCUUUUGCCGUUCACCGAUACCAUCAUGCAGGCCCCUAUGCCCGAUCGACCUCCACCUCACGUGGAGAAAUUCGACGGUACAACGAAUCCAGAAUAUCAUUUGCGGAAUUUCGUCGAGUCAAUGGCCUUCUACACUCAAAGUGAUCCGGUAAAAUGCCGGGCGUUCUUUCUGUCACUGAGGGGAGAAGCCCUUGAAUGGUACUACACCCUUCCACCAAAUUCGGUAGACAAUUUCCGCACGCUGACAAACAUGUUCACGAAGCAAUAUUCCACCAACCGACAUGAAGAAGUGACUGGUGCCAAACUAGUCAAUCUUAGGCAGGGAAAAGACGAAACUCUCAGAGCUUUCAUGCACCGAUACAACCAAGCCGCCCGGAGGAUAAAGGGAGCCAGUCCCGAAUUCAUCAUCAGCAGCCUGCCCAACUGCCUAAAGCCAGGAUUCGUCUCCGAAAGCCUGUACGCCAAAUCGCCCCGUACGCUGGAGGAAUUACAACAAAAGAUGGCUAAAUUCAUUAAAAUGGAAGACCAGAGGAUCUCUCGAAAGCAACAACACGAGGAGCAUUGGACAAGUGUUAACAAAAGAGAAGGCUGCCAGACUCUCAAAGAUGAAAUAGAUAAGCUAAUCCGUGCCGGACAUCUUCGUGAAUUUGUGAAGGAAGAUUUCGGCCGUGUGGGACACUCACCCAGAAAGACACGAAGAAGCCCGGAGCAUGCCAAACGAAAAAGUAAUUACUCACGCGACCGUUCUCGUAGUCCUCCGAGUCACAGAUCCCGCAGUAGGCCGAGAGAGCGGGAACCUAUAAUAAAAGGCAGGAUUGACAGCAUCUCAGGAGGUUUCGCCGGAGGAGGCGCCUCAUCCUCAGCACGGAAGAGACACUUGAGAAAUUUACAUAGCAUACACUCAGUGAUACGCAGUCCAGCAUCAAUGCCAGAUAUUACAUUCACAAACAAGGAUUUUCACGCGCCAGAUCCUGAUCAGGAUGACCCCAUGGUCAUCACCGCCCGCAUUGCACAAUACGAGGUAAGUAAAGUCCUCGUCGAUCAGGGUAGUUCAGUUAAUAUAUUAUACUGGACAACUUUUCGGAGAAUGGAGAUUUCUGAAGAUAUGAUUGCUCCAUUUAACGAGCAAAUUGUUGGCUUUGCUGGAGAGAGAGAGUAG